CAACGACGCCUAUAUUAGGUAUGUGCAUUUCCAAAUGACUACCCACGGACGCCCGCUCGCGCUCACCGAGCCAAGUAUGUUUACACAGAUAGGCCUAAUAUUUCCGAGUCGCUCAUUUGACUAGCUACCCCGAACACGUUUCCUCAUAUUGUAACAGUAUUCAAAUACUGACUUACCCAAAGCCGAGAGCAAAGGAGCUGAGUUGAAGCAAAGUAGUACCACAACCUAAAUAUCAAGAGUUUGUUUGGAGGAGCGCGCUCUAUGACCUUGCUCCAGGGGAUCUGCCUGCGCUCGCCUUUCACCGGCAAGAUCACGCUUUAACCACGACUGUAUGAGCGACAUGGUCGGAUUACAUUCUGGCAAGUUAUCCACAUUCACCUAUUUUACCAGUGUUCGGAGACACAGAUGGCUAAUUAGCACAGGUAGGCCACUCUGUUCUCCAUAAAUGAGCGCUGUAACAUGGAGAUAUGGCCAUGUGGGAACCCUAACCCUAUAAAGGUUCCCAGCGGUCACAUGUCAAUGGCAGUUGACCUCCUACAUUCCUGUUGAUUCCCAAGGUCUCCUCUGACCUCCCAUUGCUGCCCACCAGUCCCAACCAUGGACCCCUACCAGGAGCCACAACUCGGUUUCCAGCCCCCCCUUGACGAGGGCGCCCCAGACCUGGAAUGUGCCAUCUGCUUCAGCCAGUUCAACAAUGUCUUCCGCACUCCCAAGAUGCUCCAGUGCAAUCACACCUUCUGCCUGGAGUGCCUGGCCCGUAUGAAUGUCAAGUCAGCCAAGCCGGACUCCAUCCAGUGCCCGUUGUGCCGGGGCCACACACCGCUACCCGACCUGGGGUUGCCCAAGCUGACCACGGACCGAGCCGUGCUCUCUUACCUCCCCGCGGCCAUGCAGCGAGUCUACAGCAUCCGCUUCAACCGCAACAAGGGCAAGCUGCAGGUGAAGAGGACCACCGACGCACCCCCCCCUCUGAACUCGCUGCGUUCUAUUAGUCACUCUCUGGAUGUGGGGCUGCCUAGCCCCGCAGGAGACAGCGGGGACGUAGAGGGGGGGCGGAGGCGACGGCUCGGGGCACUGCUGAGACUGUGUCGUAGACCAGGAUGCAGAGCCUCCCUCCUGGUGUCAGUGGUGAUGAUGAUGGUGGUGCUUACUUGCGUCAUCAUCUUCCUCCUCGCAUAUAAACAGCUAUAACAACAUCAUCCGACUGGAGCUAAGAAAGUGGACGCUCACUACAGUGCACCUGAUGGACCUCGGAGAGAGACUCUCACUACAGUGCACCUGAUGGACCUCGGAGAGAGACUCUCACUACAGUGCACCUGAUGGACCUCUGAGAGAGACUCUCACUACAGUGCACCUGAUGGACCUCUGAGAGAGACUCUCACUACAGUGCACCUGAUGGACCUCGGAGAGAGACUCUCACUACAGUGCACCUGAUGGACCUCUGAGAGAGACUCUCACUACAGUGCACCUGAUGGACCUUUGAGAGAGACUCUCACUACAGUGCACCUGAUGGACCUUUGAGAGAGACUCUCACUACAGUGCACCUGAUGGACCUCGGAGAGAGACUCUCACUACAGUGCACCUGAUGGACCUCGGAGAGAGACUCUCACUACAGUGCACCUGAUGGACCUCUGAGAGAGACUCUCACUACAGUGCACCUGAUGGACCUUUGAGAGAGACUCUCACUACAGUGCACCUGAUGGACCUCUGAGAGAGACUCUCACUACAGUGCACCUGAUGGACCUUUGAGAGAGACUCUCACUACAGUGCACCUGAUGGACCUCUGAGAGAGACUCUCACUACAGUGCACCUGAUGGACCUCGGAGAGAGACGUUAUUGUUACCCAGCUUCUACCAUCUACUGUAGCAGUUUUCAGUACUUUUUUAAAACAUUUUUACAUUUUAUUUAUUUUUAUAAAGUGUAUCUAUUUCUUAGCAGUUGUGUGUCUGUAUGCUGAAUUUGUGUACAACUAUGAUGCACGUCGUACAAGAGAACCACAUUUCCCUCUGUGGUUUUUUGUUUAUAGGCAGACGGUCAUGUGAUACACGUUCAUAAUAUAAUAGCCCUGCUGUCCUCUCCAGGUUUCCAGCCACAGUAAACGCACUCCACCUACUUCAAUGCAAAUCAAUAGCGUCUGGCUAUGCAAAUGCACAGUUACCUUUUUUUUUUAGUAAGACACUGCGGUAUCACUGUGUGAAACAGUCAGGGCUAGGAGAUUGGAGAUACUCUAGAGGUCACGGGGGGACGGGGGGGGGGUAUCAACGUGGCAAGAGGUUGACGAUUGAAAUGUGGAAUUAGUAUGUUUGCUUAUACCAAUUACCCAUAUCUUUUUUUACUUGGUCUCUUUUCUUCUUUUUUAAGGAAAAAAGCCAUUUUGGUUGCAUGAAUAUUAUCCAGCUGAUAGAGACGUAGAAUCAAACGGGCAGAUUAACAAAUACUGUCGGCUCACAAGUGUCACAUUUUCUACAGUUUACGCUUUCACACAUAUCAAGGUUUUAGAAUUGUCUUUUUUUUAUUUUUUUUUAUUUUAUCAUAUUGAAAAUAAACCAUAUUUUAUGUUAUAUACUUUGGCUAUACAUUUGUCAAAUGUUGCUCUGGCAAAUGAUUUGCAUUUCCUAAACUUGAAAUAAAGUCGACAUUGAUUUGGUG